AUGACUUCGUAUACGGAAAAAGGUCGGAAACCAGCCGACGGUCGGUUCUUGGCGUUCGACCACCUGACCUUCUGGGUUUCUAACGCGAAACAGGCGGCAAGUUACUAUGUCACGAGAUUCGGAUUCGAACCGCUCGCGUAUAAAGGAUUAGAGACAGGUUCGAGAAAAAUCGCCUCGCACGCCGUCAGGUUGAACAAGAUUGUGUUCGUAUUCCAAGCUCAGUAUGAACCUGUUGAUACAGAGAUGGCGAAGGAAGUUGGGUGCCAUGGAGACUUCGUGAAAGACGUGGCCUUUCAAGUGGAGAACUUGGACUAUAUCCUCGACUAUGCGAAGAAACAAGGGGCUGUUGUGGUUAGAGACUUGUGGGAAGAGAAGGAUGAGCACGGCGUGGUUAGAAUGGCUACGCUCAAAACGUAUGGCGAUAAUACCCACACGUUGGUAGAUCGCUCAAAGUAUACAGGAUCAUUCCUGCCGGGUUACGCGCUACUCACCCAGGACGCUAUCAACAAAUUUUUACCCAAAAUAGAGAUCAAUUUCGUGGAUCACGUGGUGGGAAAUCAGCCUGAUCAAGGAAUGGAGAAAGCUGCGUCUUGGUAUGAACGCUGUCUGCAGUUCCACAGGUUCUGGUCUGUAGACGACAAACAAGUGUGCACAGAAUACUCCGCGCUGCGGUCCAUAGUGAUGGCCAACUGGGAAGAGACUGUCAAAGUGCCCAUAAACGAACCGGCGCCGGGUAAAAAGAAAAGUCAGAUCCAGGAAUACGUGGAGUAUCACGGCGGCGCCGGCGUACAACACAUUGCUAUCAACACAGAAGAUAUUAUUACAGCGAUCAAGAACCUCCGCGCCCGAGGUGUCGAAUUCCUCAGCAUACCAUCCAAGUACUACACCAUCAUCCGGGAACGGCUGCAGCAUAGUAAAGUGCGAGUCGCCGAGAGCAUAGACGAACUGGAGCGACUGAACAUCCUAAUAGACUAUGACGACAAUGGCUAUCUGUUGCAGAUCUUUACAAAGAACACGCAGGACCGGCCCACACUGUUUCUGGAGGUCAUUCAGAGACGGAAUCACAAUGGAUUUGGAGCUGGCAACUUUAAAACACUUUUCGAAUCAAUUGAGUUGGAACAAGAAAAGAGAGGCAACCUUUAA